AUGUCGACUACAUUACAAUUGGGGACGGAGGUGUGGAAGAACACAAUAUCAGAGUUCAAUCCCGCUCAAGAUGGCAACCUGUGUUAUUCGCAGGCCAUCUCGAUUUCCGCCUUGUUAUUACAGGUGAUCGAAAGCGUUUGGGAAGCAGACGGCUAUGAACUUCAUCAGAGUCAAUCCGAAUAUUACAAUAACUUGGUCCAGUGGAACGAAUGGGCAGUACAGCAUGGCAAAAAGGCAGCCCUGGAUAAAGACUGGGCAGUAUCAUCAGUUCUCGAAAAGGAGGGGGGCCAUCGUAUUCUCCUGCUAUCCAGUCAACUUGAACAUGUACCCAAGUUUCUUAAUGUCCUUGAGAUAUAUCUGGUGUUGUGUACGAUCCGUCAUCUUGAUUCCCAUCCCAAUAAGGACGAUUUCAAACUUACCAUGGUCUCUAUGUGCGGGAAUACGUGUCAUGUUGUUCAUAUGUCAUGCUCUAGGACAAAGGUUCUAGAUAUGAAGAUAUUGCCCGAGGUCAAACUUACAACGGCCAGUUUCAAAGAGGAUAUCCAAAAUAUCUUGAAAUCGUUGGCGGAAGCCACCCUUGAGAGAGUCGACCUUAGGAAAACCGUCGAGAUGGCUUCUUGGUCUGCCUUAUAA